GUCUGAGACAGUGAGUCUGAGUUUGACACUGGACUGAUAGUAUAGUAUUAAGCACAAGCAGACGCCAGGGAUAGAAGUCAGAUGUUAGUUUGUUUAUAUUUAUACAAGUUGUUUUAAUGUUUUUGACAUUAUUCGUACUUCCAGCAAUCACACAAAUUUCAAGAAAUCACAAUGGAAAAUAACCAGUAUGAAACAAAUCUGGACGAAGAUACCUUGAAGUAUGCUGCUGAAGUUUUAAAUGAAAAUUCAUCCAACAGAGAUAAUGAUGUCUUGCAAAUUAGGGAGUGGUUGUCUUCGCAGCCUCAUUUGCAUGCUAAAACAGAUGCUGUUACGAUAGUUAGAUUUCUGAGAGGGUGCAAAUUCGACCAUGAGAAAACCAAGAAGAAGAUAACAGCUUUCUAUGAACUGCGUGGAAAUGCGCCGGAAUGGUUUGUGGAUAGAGAUCCAACUCUGCCUCCUCUACAGGAACUGUUGUCUCUUGGCGUCUUUCUGCCACUUUUGAAGAAAGAUCCUUCAGGUCGUCUGGUUGUUCUGAUUCGUGUAGCAGCUCAUGACCCGAGCCGUCACCUUCAGAACGAUGUCUUCAAGGUGGGCAAGAUGACCCUGGAUCUAGCCAUAGAGCAGGAUGAGUCAGUGUCAGUGUACGGUGUCACAGCAGUGUUCGACCUGACAGGCAUCUCAUUGGGACAUGCGCGCAUCCUCACACCCGGAAUGAUCAAGAAGGCAGUGCAUGCUUGGCAGGACUGUUAUCCAGUUCGAACUAAAAGUCUGGAUUUCAUCAACACACCAUCGUAUGUGAAUGUGGUUUUAAAUAUAUUCAGAGCCUUCAUGCGAGAGAAGAUGAAGAAUAGGGUCCAUGUACAUGGGUUUAACCUGCAGUCUCUGCAUGAGUUGGUGCCUCCUAGCAUACUACCUGAAGAGUACGGAGGUACUGAUGGGAAACUGCAAGAUCUCAUAGAUCACUGGAAAGCGAAGGUAACCGAGGGGAAGGAAUGGUUUGCUGAAGACGAGAAGUAUAAAGCAGAGGCAGUCAGCUGAUCAGGUGGAUGAAAUUUCAGUUCUCAAGGUUCACAAUAACUGUGACCUCAAUUGUCCUGGUGAACCAUUGAUCUCAACAUCACAUCCUCGUCUGGUCUCCAGUGACAGGAAGUCUACUAUAACCUGUAUAACAUUGUCCGUUGUAUGUUUAUUGGACAAUUUUUAUAUUUUUGUUUUUGAAUCCUAGUUAGUUCAAAAUAGCAUUAAAUAGUAGUAUCUGCCAAAAUUAUAAAAAGCUGACAGUUAAACUAAAAAUUGUUUAUGUAAAAGAUUUUUUAGCAUAUAAUUCAACAAUAAUGUUUGUUUUCGUAAAUUUUAUGACUGCAUUAUUAAUUAUAUUUUUAUUGAAUUGUACAUUUGAUGUGUUUUUAUCAAAGUGAUUUAUUGAAAUAUUGCAAUAUGCUAUUAUAGCUUUAUUGUACUAUCACAAGUCUGAAGUGCCUUAUUAGUCUUAACACUAAGGUUUGAAUAUUAUGUAAUAUAAUGAUUAUUCUUUGUUUAAAGUUUGUUAUUUUAUCAAAUGGAAGGAUUGUGAAAGAAAUAUGAUUUUUUAGACAUUUCCCAUUGUUUAGUGAUGUAAGAAAUCAGUAACACCAAAUUUCUUGUUAUUGAUUUCUAGUAUUACUGAGUGAUGGCAAAUGUAUGAAGAAAUCCUGUUUCCUUCAGAAGUGAUUAUAGCGAUGUUAGUGUGUUAGUACUAUAUUUAAUGGAUUUUAGUACUGUAAACAUUUUUUAAUUAAUUGUAUAUUAUAUUAUUUAUAUAUUGUUGUAAUAAAUUGUUUUAAGAAAG